ACUGAGCCCAUCUGACCUGAGCGGACAGCACAAAAGCGUCUGACGUGAGAGAAAGAGAACAAGAGAAAGGGACAGAGAGAGAGCAAGAGAGAGAAAGCAAGAGAGAGCUGUGGCAGCACUCUGGCAGACGGCAUACACACAGAACACAGCAGACAAGACUCUCUGGAUUGACUGACUGACUGCAGUGAAGCCACCGAAGAUACACUCCCACUGAAGGAGAAGCCUGUCCCCGUGUCUGAGAGCUGUAGAGCUGAACAACACUGUUUCUCAGUCAGGAGAAUAUCUGCUCUGUUUGUCAUGUAUUCCUUAAGGAUAUUACUUGGACAUACAAGCCUCUCCACACUGGUCUUCCUCACCUGGGCUUCAGUUGUGGUGCACUGCAGCAGUUGCCCUAAGAAAUGCUCCUGCCCCUCCCCUACCCCCUCGUGCCCGCCGGGCAUCAGCUCCGUGCUGGACGGCUGCGGCUGCUGCCGAGUGUGUGCCAGGCAGUUCAACCAGGACUGCAGUGCCACCGAGCCGUGUGAUCACAUCAAGGGCCUGCACUGCCACCUAGGGGCCGGAGGAGACCCUGAGCGAGGACUGUGUCGAGCUGAGGCGCAGGGUCGUCCGUGCGAGCUGAACGGCCGCGUCUACCAGCACGGCGAGGACUUCCAGCCCAGCUGCGAGCACCAGUGCAGCUGCAUGGACGGCGUGGUGGGCUGCAUGCCCCUCUGCCCGCACACCGUUCCCCUGCCGGGCUGGCACUGCGCCCGGCCCCGUCUGGCCAAGCUGCCGGGCCGCUGCUGCGAGGAGUGGGUAUGCGAUGACGACAACCGCAUCAGGGAGGAGGAGGAUGUGGUGGAUGUUGUGGGGGAGGUGGUGGUGGGAGAGGAGGUGGUCGCAGAGGCGGCGGUGGAGGGUGAUGGUCGGACGCCAGAGCAGCUGCAGCCUGCUGCUGCCCUGCCGCAACACCCGGAUCUGGGCAGCAACGAGCUGCUGGUGGCCCCUACUCCCUGGGACUUCACGGCCGGAGCUCCAGAGCAAGAAUGGAUGUCCUCCACCCAGUCCCAUGCCCUUCUGCCGUCGAAAUGCUUCCUGCAAACCACUGAUUGGUCACCGUGCUCCGCCACCUGCGGGAUGGGCGUGUCCAGUCGGGUGACCAAUGACAACGCAGAGUGCAGGCUGGCCAGGGAGACGCGCCUCUGUCAGAUACGCCAGUGUGACAGCGAAGUCAUGCCAAUCAUCAAGAAAGGGAAGAAAUGCCAGCGCAGCACAAGGCCCCGUAAGCCGGUGAAGAUCAGCUUCGCGGGCUGCUCGACGGUGCGACGGUACAGGCCGCGCUCCUGCGGCUCCUGCUCCGACGGCCGCUGCUGCGAGCCCUCGCAGACGCGCACGGUGCGCCUGCUCUUCCACUGCACAGACGGACGCAAGGACUUUGCACGCAACGUGAUGUGGAUCCAGCGCUGCAGCUGCCAGAGUCAGAGCUGCGAGCGCCGUGGCCACGCCUCCUACCCAGAAUCCCUCAGCCUCCCCAACGACAUCCACACCUUUACCCACUGAACUGCCUGAAUUACAUUUCAGUACAUAACACUUAGCAGACACUUUUACCCAAAGGAUCCUUAGGAUUAGGGAAGCAACAGGUAUUUAGAUACAGGGUUUUGAAUACAGUCCCUGGAGCAAUAUGGGGUUAAAUGCCUUGCUCGAUGGCACUUCAGCCAUCGCCUACUACUGGUUAGAGUGGGAUACGAACCUGCAAACCUCUGAUCCAAAGACCUACUUCCAAAGCAUUAGGCCAUGGCUGCUAACUACGCUCUCACCACCUUUAUUCCUCGGUAGCACUGCUGCCUUGAAAGGCCUAGCGAAAUCUCCCAAGGGUCAACCAAUGCAGAGAGUUCUCCUCUCCAUUCCCAUGCACUUCUCCUUUUUCUGCUUAAUGGAAAUGGUCAGCAUGCCGCGCAUACCUCAGGCCUGACAAUGCCCUGGCUUCCAUUGUUAAGAUGGAACAGACGGCCGAGGUGACUCAAAUUAAUGUUUAUAUUUAUCAAACUCUGGAUCCCAUCAGAAAGAAAAAAAGGGGAAAGACAUUUUUUUCUGUCUUUGCGAAGCCAAUUUUCCCUUCCCAGGUUCUCGUCGUGUAAACUAAAACAACUGCUGUUUUCUGUAAAAGCGUCCUCUCUGUGAAUGGACGUAUUUAUAAGUGCCGAGAGAGGUUGGGACACUGACAGAAACUGACGGCAUACCGUGUCCUCAUUCCUGUCAGCCGUACGUAAACAUGGGCCGAAAACCACGUAGUAGCAGUUCAGGGCCUAUAAUCUAUCUCUAGAGAAAUGUGUUUAUGCAGUAGCCACUUCUGUAGACAAUGGUUGUCCUAAUUCAA